GCAGCAGCAGCAGCAGCUCUCCGCCAGCCAGUCCGUCGCUGCAGUCCCUCAGAGCGGCCACUCAUCAACAUCCUCCCCGACGUCCGUGCGCGGAGCCGUGACGCUCUGUGGCUCUGAACUAACGCUUUAACGGGUUCAGUCGGGACGGUCUUAACGACGGUUUCUCUACUUGUGGACAUGAAGACACCUGAUACAGGGACUUCUUCUUCUUCUUCUUCUUCUUCCAUUUCCAUAAGGCGGACCGGGAAUCCUGACUGGCGUCGAUUUUCACCGAGCAAAUGAGAAAGAAUGGUCAUGACCAUUUUCCUGCUGAUCAGUCUCUCCUCUUUUGAGGCACGUUGGCCCUUUUCUGUUUCUGGAUUUACGAAUGCCGAGAUGAGAUAAUAAAGUCAACCAGCUUGUGCAUGCUGCUACAACAACACCUGUGGCACUUGUAAAACCCACCCUUGCCCACCCUAAACCCCUUCCCCCUCAAGCAGCAAGUUCACUCCAACAGUCGAAACAUGACGACCCCGGCUCUCUUGCCGCUUUCAGGACGCAGGAUACCCACUUUGUCGCCGGGUGCCUCCUCCUUCCCGCACCACAGGGCCACAUUGAGGCUCUCAGAGAAGUUCAUCCUCCUUCUCAUUCUCAGUGCCUUCAUCACCUUAUGUUUCGGGGCCUUCUUCUUCCUCCCGGACAAUUCCAAGCACAAGCGCUUUGACUUGGGCUUGGAGGAUGUGCUCAUCCCUCAUAUUGACCCGCCCAAAGAGGGGAAGCACGCCUCUGGACAGGUGGUCAUACAUGGACAGGGAGGACAUGAUGAGCACAGACACAGGGAGGAGGAGGAAAGCCUGCGGGACAAGAUCCGGGCAGACCACGAGCGGGCGCUGCAGGAGGCAAAGGAGAAGCUGAGAAAGUCCCGUGAGGAGCUGCAGGCGGAGAUUCAGACGGAGAAAAACAAAGUGGUGGAGGACCUGAAGAAGAAGGUUGUAGGGCCUAAACCUUUGCCACCUGUUCCAAUGCCCCAAGUGGUGGGCGUCAGUGACGGAGAGCCUCCUGAACCUGACGUCAAAGAGAAACGUGACAAGAUCAGAGAGAUGAUGAAGCAUGCGUGGGACAGCUACAGACAGUACGGAUGGGGUCACAACGAGCUGAAGCCCCUCGCCAAGAAAGGACAUUCCACAAACAUCUUUGGCAAUUCCCAACUAGGAGCGAGCAUCGUGGACGCCUUAGACACCCUCUACAUCAUGGGUCUGCACGAUGAGUUUAAGGACGGCCAGGAGUGGAUCGAACAGAAUCUGGACUUUGGUGUGAAUGCCGAGGUGUCUGUGUUUGAGGUCAACAUUCGUUUCAUAGGAGGACUGCUGGCCGCCUACUACCUCUCUGGACAGGAAGUAUUCAAGCUGAAGGCGGUUCAGCUCGCAGAAAAGCUGCUUCCUGCAUUUAACACCCCCACAGGAAUCCCCUGGGCCAUGGUCAACCUGAAGAGUGGUGUUGGACGUAACUGGGGGUGGGCGUCGGCGGGCAGCAGCAUCCUGGCUGAGUUUGGGACUUUGCACAUGGAAUUUGUUCAUCUCACCUACCUGACGGGAAACCCUGCUUACUACCAGAAGGUGAUGCACAUCCGGAAGCUGCUGGCCAAAAUGGACCGACCCAACGGGCUCUACCCGAACUACCUGAAUCCUCGAACAGGCCGCUGGGGCCAACAUCACACCUCUGUUGGAGGACUUGGGGACAGUUUCUACGAGUACCUGCUGAAGGCGUGGAUCAUGUCUGACAAGACCGAUACAGAAGCCCGCAAGACCUACGACGACGCCAUCGAGGCCAUCGAACGCCACCUGAUUCGCAAAUCAAACGGCGGUCUGACGUUCAUUGGUGAGUGGAAGAACGGCCACCUGGAGAGGAAGAUGGGCCACCUGGCUUGCUUUGCCGGCGGCAUGUUCGCAUUGGGCGCCGACGGCUCGCCUGACGACAAGGCAGGACACUACCUGCAGCUGGGCGCUGAGAUCGCACACACCUGCCAUGAGUCUUACGAUAGGACAGUUUUGAAGCUCGGCCCGGAAGCCUUCAAGUUCGACAGCGGCCUGGAGGCGGUGGCCGUGCGGCAGAACGAGAAGUACUACAUCCUGCGGCCCGAGGUCAUCGAGACCUACUGGUACAUGUGGAGGUUCACCCACGAUCCCAAGUAUCGCCAGUGGGGCUGGGAGGCGGCACAGGCCAUUGAUAAGUUCUGCAGGGUGAGUGGAGGCUUCUCGGGGGUGAAGGACGUCUACUCCUCCAACCCGACCUACGACGAUGUCCAGCAGAGCUUCUUCCUGGCCGAGACACUCAAGUACCUGUACCUGUUGUUCUCCAGCGACGACCUGAUGCCGUUGGAGAGCUGGGUCUUCAACACGGAGGCUCACCCGCUUCCUGUCCUCCACCUGGGCAACAUCACCCUGCCUGGCAGCGAGCCAGCUCAGCGGUAGACGGGCCCUUCAGUUCCUCCACUACAGCACCAGGGGGCACCCCCUGCCUGCCUGCCCCUCCUAAAAAACCUUAAAAAAAAAAAAACACCAACACUGGACAAAGUUACAUUGAGCUCUCAGACUGCAGACAUGACCCAGAGGAGACGGAGAGAGAGAGCCUGUGCAGCAUGGAGACGACUUAAAGUCUUCUUCUCCUCUUUUACCUUUUACUUUCUGGACUCUCUCAGUCCGUCUCUCUGAGGGACGGUGGGUUCGCUGCUCAGCCUCACGACUGGCUUGAAACGACUCUUUUCUCUGAAAGACAGAGCUCCUAAACAGGAGGCUUUUUUGUUAUUAUUUUUAGUGUUUCUUUGAGAUUUGACCAAACUUUUCCUCCCAUAUAGACUCGCAGAGAGUGCUCAUGGGAUUAUUCUUGAAGGAUCACUUAGUCAGUUUGACGCUGCGCUGACAGAAGUGACAUUUCUACACACGGACAGACUUGAGGACUCUACAGGGUCUGUUAAUGAGUUGUGUUUUUUCUUUCUGUUUGGACAAAUCCUUAAAGGGGACACAGGGUUGAAUCAAAGCCCCCCCCCCAACUCCUGUUUAAUCUUCAUCAGACAAACUUUCACCUGGAACUGUACUCAGCUCGUCACGUCAUCAGUGCGGGGGCCAGUUAUAAUCACACACCUCCUCGUCUAAUCCUCCUUGGACCAUUGUAAGUGGAACAGUAGUACACAGGGACAGCAGCAGGCCUCCCCUCAUCUUCCCUCGACAUAUUUCCAGCUUCUCUUCCACUUUGAGACGCCGCCGGGUCACAACUUUACCCCCCCUAAAAAAAAAAAAACACAUUCUGCUGCUUCUCGUUUGGACGCUGCUUUUCAAACCAUUCUCUCAUCUUGUGCUUUCUCUCAUUUCCCAACUUUUCAUAGCUCAACCCGAUUUAUUUUUCUCUGUGAGAUGAGGCGAGAACACAACCAUGAUUUAGUGUGAGUGUAAAUGUGUGAGCGAGUGUGUGGUGGUUAAAAUAACCUCUGCUGUAAAUGAUUUAUCCAUGCACUUUGUUUGGGGAAGAAGAGGUAAGUUAGAGGUGUGGUGCUGACAGAGAUGAAUAAAUGAAGACCCUCCUGUGUCUCCCCACUGAGCCGCUAUGACACAUUGGUCUCUCUUCAAACCCAUAUCACCAGGUCGACUGCCUAACUCGAAAGUUAUUUUCAGAUUCUCUGACGUUCUCUGCUUUUAUUUUCCAUUUUUCAUACCCUCUGCUCAAGCUUACAUUUCAACCUCUACCUCUCCUACGCAUCUUAAAAAGUCCUUCAGUGUUCAGGUUCCUCUGCCGACUCUGUGAACUCCUGCAGAGAAUGAAAAAUUAAAAGGCAAUGACACUAUUUUGAAACCUGGCCCUACUUUGACGUAUUUGGAUUUUUAAUAACUAUCAAAGUUUGGAAUUGAUCCAGGCUUGUUUGUUUGUGUUAUUUAGUGACUUUGUGUUUUCUCAAUUAAGACGCAAUAACACAAAAUAAAAAAAACACAGAUUGAGGUAAUGGUAGACCAUCGACUCCCAUGAUCUGCAAGUAGAAAAAACAGUUUUAUGAAGUCUGGUGGCUCUGAAACGCAGCGAUAUGACAGAUGUUCCUGGUUUCAAAAAGUAUCUUAAUCUGUAAAAGAAAAGUCCAUAUCUGUAGAUACUCCUGAACCAAUCGGAGCCUGUCUGUGUUUAAAACAAGCCAUGGGUUUACUUUCAUUUUUAUGGAAGCCCUAAGAGGACAAGCAUCCAUACAUUUAUCCAGACUAUAUUUGGAUUUUCUUGAGAUCUGACCUUCUAUAUAUUGUUGCCUCGGGAAUACACCGCUGGUUUCCCCUUGAUUUUGAAAUUGAAUUUGAUAAGGCAUUCAUUUCAGUAAUUUUCUCAAAAUCUCAAGAAAUGUAGUUAUCACGAGAGAACCAGCGUUGUUAUAAUAACAUAAACAUAAAGUUGUGAUCCCGAGAAAACAACCGAAAAUGACUUUAUCUUACUUUAUCACAGGAAAAGGAGUAAAAUAAAAUGUGUGGAUGUCUACUUGUGGCUUCUGUAGAUUCGGCACUUUUGCCUCUAAAAUACUUUUUUUGCUGCCCAUUUCAAAGCUUCAGAUCGAAACUAUUUACUGCAGCAACUUUUCAGACCAUUACAUGUUUUACACUCCAGAAUAUAUCACGCUAAAAUGGGUCUGGAUUUAAGAGUCUCCAAAAAUGUCACAAUGUCCACAUUUUGGAGAAUCUUUCAAAAAUGUUCUUAUUUGGAAUCAUUUUACAAUUUUGGGGGGUAAAGUGCUGAAAUCUGAUUUUUUUUUUUUUUUUUUUUUUGAGUUGAAUUGUUUAAUUUACACUUUCGAGCUGUAAACCGGUCUCGUUAGUUUGUAGUGAACAAUCAGAACCUGCUCAUGUAGAAAUGGAUCUGACCCUGUGACCCUCGUUUCCCCUCGCUUAAUGCCAUCAACAUAUCAUCAAACAUUGAAUAUCAAUAUCAUUAAGAAGCUGAAGUAUAGGAAAGCAAGAUCAGUAAAAUAAAGAGCAAAUUUUCAAAAGUAGGGCUGGUUUAGAUACAGACACAGCCUCUGCUGAGUCUUUGAAACGUCUCCUUCCUUUAAAGGUUCUACAGUCCGAGUACUGGACUCGCUCCGUAUGGUGAGAUUUAUCAAGAGCUUGGCCUCGUUGAAAGAAGUCAGAGCCUCCGCCCACCAAGCUGUCUGCUCAGUUACCAGCACAGUCUCUGCCCGCAGUUAUCGCUCCUGACACGACUCUCUCUCUGCAGCAUCCAGAGCGGUGUGAGGGAUUUACUGCUCGGGUUGUACAGAUAACAGAUCCUUAAGUCUGUGCAGCAGAAUGAGGUUAGCAAAAGAGCCAAACAAGCUUCCACUCUACAGGUGGAAGACAGAUUUACUACAAAGUUUACUCUCAUUAAUUUAUCAAGCAAUCAGCAGCUUUUCUAAGACUCUGCAAAAGACGCUGUGUGGGAAAAUAUGCUCAUUUAGGCACCCAUCUUUGCAGAAAAGAUUUCAAUCCUGUGCCAUUAAAAGCUGCAGGUUUUGUCACAGAAUAUUUUGUGUAAGGCCCAUCAUCCAAAAACUCAUUUUAAAACUCAAAUACAAACACAUUCAUGACACCUAAUUAUUCGCUUUAAGAUCAACUGGCAGAGACCAGAAGAAGAGUGUGUUGAGUAAAGACAAAGUAUACUAAAACAGAAACCAUUCAUUACAGCUACACAAGAUGACAACUUAACGUUUUUACGAGUGAGGCCGGGGGGAGUCCUGUUGAGGAUUUAUCGUCUCAAAAUGCAGCAACACAUGAGUCAGAGAGUGAGGUUGUUAAUAUGAAAUAAGGAAAUCAAGACGUGUUGUAUCUUUUAACGCCAACGCCAAAAGCUACACAACAUUAGCCAAAUGUUUUUUUUCCAUUAUUUUUGUCCUUGAAUAAAAGUUGGUAAGUUAAAUUUAAAGAUAGAAAAUAGUCUUAAUGAUGGGCUCAGUGAAGCUGUGCAAUGACCGUGCGUGUGUGUGUGUGUGUGUGCAUGAGAGAGAAAUGAGUGUGUCUGAGAUCAUUAUAGCCCUGUUACCAGUUAGCAUCAACAUAAAAUACAGAGGUGAUGCUUGUCGACAGGCAAGGCGGCCAGUAAUGCCAUCUGGGAGCGGAGAAAAUAAGGCAAAAUGUUGAAUCAUCACUGCAACCAGCAAAAAAAAAAAAAGGAGGCUAGCGAGCCCCCUCCACAUGCUGAUGAUGGUACCAUAGCCCCGUUUCCACCAAGCGGUCCGGUCUGGUUCAGUACAGUUUGGUAAAGUAAACCCUGAUCUUGCUUGUGUUUCCACAGUCAACCGUACUCUUACACAUCAGUAAAUCACAGCGGUGUGACGUCAUGUAGACCACCAAUAAAUUAAACAAAGAAGAAGAAUGUGACGGAGUAAAAACAAAGGGCCUCAUUCACUAACUGUGCGUUGGAAGCACAAAUCUGGGAUUCAUCAAUACAUUCUUACUCUGCGAACAAAAAUAGAACUUCCUCAGACCAUGCGUACGCACAAAUGAUUGAUCAGCUUUCUCAGAAAAUGUUAACACACACUCUUUUAACUAAAUGCAUGACGUUUAAAAUACAUAAUAUAUGUAUUUUUAUAUGUAUAUAUAUUUUUUUUUAAAUGUUGAAAAGACAAGCAUUAAAAAUGUGAAUUAACUAAUGCAUUGACUAAAUGUAUUAAAUAAUCAUGAAAUAUUCGCCUUAUCAUCCUUUAAUCUAAAAUCUUAAAUCUAAUCGUCGACCUCUCCCACUAAUAUUGCCAUGAAAUAUCGCAUUUGUAACCAAAAACCAGCUGAUUAAUUGGAGCCUAUUUAAGAGCUUGCAGGGAACAUUCAUGAUUAUGAUUUACGUCAAACACAAGAGAGUUUAAAGAUCUAGCCUUGCUGAAGCAAAUUGCAGCCGGUGCCUUCAGAAGAGAGAGCAUCAGACCAUCAAAACACGUUUGAAGAGUGUGACGAAUGACUGAUCAGCUGAUUCCGACUGCCAAUGCACGUACUGCUGCAACCAUGUCAUUCACUGUAACGGCAUCUAAGCCGCAGACACACCGAUCUUUUAAGCCUUUUGGGGCCAUCUCCUAAAAACUUCUAAAAAGUGUCUCCACCUCACCGCUCCCAUCCUGAUACACCAAUCGGAUGUCCUUACGUGGAGAGAUGGGGGCGUGGUAGUAUGCUGAUUGCAGGUUUGCGAGCAUGCGCCUGACGAUUUAGAAUGAUUCUGAUUCACUGUCAUGCGCAAGAUGGUGAAAACAAAAUAUGCUGGUACGCACGUGUCAUGAAUCUGACGGUGAUUUUGCGUAUGCACUUGUUUUAUGCGCAGAGUAAGAACAUUUCUACGCACAUAUUAGUGAAUGAGGCCCAAUGAUUCCUAGGAAGGUCUGCAUCUCUGAGGCGCUGGCAGGAUAUAUCUGCAGGACAUUUCAACAUUUUGUGUUUGUCCUUUACUAAAGCUGUCACACGGGAAGUGAAGAUUCUUUCGACCAAUCAACGGACUGCAGGGUGUCUAGCUCCAACCUUUAGGGUCAGAUUGAUACACUUGGCGCCCCAACAGAAGGGUACCAAAAAAGUAGGACAGUACGGAUCAGGUAUUUUGUUACCCUUCCCAACUUUUGACAGUGAAAACACCAAUAAAUGUGUACUGAACUGAACCAGACCGCUUCAUGGAAAGGGGGUUUAUUGUGUAUAACAUGAAGGUGAUGAACGCUGAUUGGAGGGUCCCUGUAGAUUUUUUGCCUCGGGCCCCAACAGACUCUAGAACCGCCACUGCCCAUAUUUCCAAACUUUUAUCAGCUGACUGGUUCAGGUACAGAGAUGAAAAUAAGCUAAAGGGUAGGAAUUGCACUUAACCAGGACAAUUUUUUUGAUCAAGCGUGUAUGUGUGUGUGUGUGUGUGUGUGUGUGUGUGUGUGUGUGUUCAGUGUCUGACUGCUUCUUUUCAAGCCUUAUUGUCAAAUGUGGCGCCUUGGCCGAUACUGUGCUUUUUCUUCACAUUCUUUGCUUUAUAUUUUUCAAUACACCAUUACGAUUAAAUUCCUUUUUUGUUGUUUUUCUUUGUAGUGACAUUUGCAUGUGAUGCGCAAAAACACAUGCAGAACUGUGAUGUAGUGAAAACAAGGAGGAAGACAAAGUUGAUGCCCAUGGGCAAAAGCUUUAUGACUUUAAUAAGCUUUAAUAUUUCAUGUACAUCAAACUGAAGUUCAGAAUGACUCAAAUCUUUCUAUAUCUCAAAACAAAAGCUGGUGUUUGAUUUAAGCUGAUGUCUAACCUUUCUGAUUCUUAAAAUGGAAAUUAGAAACCAACAAAUGGAUUGAGUGACAUUUUCCCAGCAAGUUCUGUUGGUGCAGCUGCUCUUUAAAAACUCAAACGUUUAACUUCAAAUCAAAAGGAUACAUUUGGAGAUGUUCUUUCCAGGUGUCUAAAAAUCCAAUGAAAGGACCAAAUCCAGCUGUUUAUGAAUCUUAACGAAUGAGUGUCCAUCUUCAGCCUGAUCGACAGCAUCUUAUCCCCAUGUGGUGUCGCGCUCAGUUUUCCUCCCAAGACUAUCAAAAACACAUCCAUGAGCACGCUCUGUGGCCUCACACAUACCGCCCUUAUGCCUCAUAUACUUCUGAAAACACCAAAUAUGUAUUAACAUAGUCAUGAAAAUGAAUCCUAAACCAAUGUACUGUUUCCCUGUUUGAUGAACAAAAGCUUCAAACGGCAGUGUCACCCAUACAUUUGGUUUUCAGAAGUUUGAGAUCAUAGAAGGGGCAGUGUUUCGGUGUUGGUCUUUUAGAGCAUGAUAUUACUAUCUGCAUUAUACUAAAGCUCUAUAGAGGUGGUUGUCUCUUGAUUUGAUACAUAUUGAGGUCCUGAUUUGAUAAACAGAGUACGUGUCAGUUGAGGACGUUUUACCAAAAUGUUUAUUUGGGAUUAAAACAGCGUUCUCCAAAUUUCUGGCCGACAUUAAUCUCAAUCUUGAGCGAAGUUUAUAUUUAUUAAAUCUUCAUUUCUUUAUUUAAAUGAAACAACAGCAGUCUUUGGGAGAAGGACCUCCUCACAAUAAACCAUAACAGCCUCCAUCAGUGUAGAAACAAGAUAUUUCUCCUCCCCAUCCUGCUGUUCAACACGUUUUAUUUCAUCCAUCUUCAUCCAUCCAUCUCUGGUGGCAGUAAACUCUUAACAGUCCGUUCAUGCAGUACGGUCUCUGCUCUCAGCCCUCUAUCACCCCGGUCCGUGACAUCACGCUGACAUCAUCUCCAUCUAUAUCUGAUAGGGAGGAAGCCCAGGGGAAAGCUGGGCGGCCAUGGAGUCGCUGGGACCGACGUUGAUUUUGAAAAAUUGAGUGUUCUGUAUUUGUAUUUUUACUGAGCUUAAAAAAAAAAAAUCAAAUUAAAGUAUCUGUAAAUAUGUUUAAAACUGAGACACAAAUUCAAUAAAGAUGUUAUGAAAAGUGA